UGUGUGAAUUGCUGAUAAGCAGCAUUCAGUGUUCAGUCUAAAGUAACAACACCAUGACCAUCGUCAUAGUGAGGGAAUAUAGUUGCUGUGAGGUGCUGUGUUCUGAACAGGAUCCAUGCUUCACACACAUUCUAGCUUACCUUCAGCCUGUAUGUUGAAACAUCCUGGGUACUCUAAGUAAAUAACAACAGAAACAAAGAGGGUGAGGAGAUAGAAAGCUGGGUGUCAGUGCUUACCUUCGCUACUGAGGUGCACAUCCCUCUGGACUGCUGGUCGACCAGCUGGGAAUUCACUUCAAGAAGUAGUUCUGCAGUAGCUUUCUGGUGAACAUGAACAUCCUGCAAGUCCUGGGUCUCCUACAGCUGCUGGCUGUGCCUGCUUUCACUCUGAGACAGCCAACCCAUGACUACUGGGGAGAGUUUGGAGCCUAUGGGCCCUGCAGUCGCACCUGUGGCAUAGGAGUUGCAAUGAGAACCAGGAAAUGUAUCACUUCAAGGACAGAUGGAGGACAUAACUGCAUAGGAUCUUCAAAAUCCUUCCGAACCUGUAAUACACAUGAAUGUCCAGUGGGAUCCAGAGACUUCAGGGAGGAGCAGUGCUCCCAGUUUGACAGAAUGGACUUUCAGAGCAAACACCGCACAUGGGUUCCUUAUUAUGGAGCAUCCAAUCCAUGUGAGCUGAGCUGUGUCCCAAGAGGAGAGAACUUCUUCUACCGACACAGACCUGCAGUGGUGGAUGGGACACCAUGUUAUGUGGGCCGCACUGAUAUCUGUGUGGAUGGCACCUGCAGGAUACUGAUCCAUGGAGAGUUUAUGGGCUUGGAUGGUGACACUAAUUCUGUACACUCUGCCGCUCCUGUUGCUGUUGCUCCUCACCCAAGGGAGACACUCACAUACAUCUACAAAGCUGGUGUCUAUGGCGAUUGCUCUGCCACCUGCAAUGGAGGCAUGCAGUAUCGCAGCGUGGAGUGUUGGAUUCAGGACCAAGCCAACCCCCGUGUGGUGGAGGAGUCUUACUGCAUUACCCAGCGCCUGCAGAGGCCACAGAGCCAGCAGGCCUGCAACAUGCAUCCCUGUGCUGCUGAGUACAGUGUCUCCAGCUUCAGUGUGUGCUCGGUGACUUGUGGGGAAGGCCAGCAGACAAGGGAGGUGAUCUGUGUGGGCCCAGGAGGUGAGCGUCUGGCUGACCAUGCCUGUAGUGGACUGGCAAGACCUUCUUCUGUCCAGACCUGCCGCAGACCUGCCUGUCACACACACAUCACCUGGCAUGUGACUGACUACGGACUGUGCACUAGAAGCUGCGGUGGUGGUGUGAGGGAGAGGAGAGUGGGAUGUUUUGAUACAGAUUUGAACCCCUACCCAGAGGCCCGAUGUGGAACAGCUAACAGACCCGUCUCUGUGGAGGCAUGCAACUCACAGCCCUGCCCCGGAGCACAAAUGGUCCCAAGUGCACAGGACCCAAGGGCACAUGAAAGCACCAUGAGAGGAUUUGUGCCCCAUGUUCCAGGAGACUCAGCUUCCAGGCCACAUACAAACAUUAGGUAUGAUCCCUACCCUUCUGUGAUUGGUCCACACUGUGCGCAGUCAUUCUAUGGCUGCUGUCCUGACGGCCAUACCUCUGCCACGGGGCCCAGGAACGAGGGCUGCUCCCAAGAUGACUGUGUCCGCACCAGGUACGGCUGUUGUUUGGAUGGGGUGACUCCAGCUCAAGGAUUUGGAAGGGCUGGAUGUCCUGAGUACCAGACAAUUGCGCACACAUCACGUCCUGCCCCUCCAUCCACUGGUAAUGUGUGCUCCCUGCCUCGUGCUGAGGGCCCCUGUGAUACUUGGAAGGUCCGCUUCUACUAUGACUCAGGCACUGGCAAAUGUACCGAAUUCUGGUAUGGAAGCUGCCAGGGCAAUGCCAAUAACUUUGUGUCCCUGGAAGCAUGCCAGAGAGAGUGCGGGGGUGUGGUGAGGGAGCCCCCACCUGCACCUCGCAGAGGGACCCCAAGGAGAGAGUCACCCAGGGGUACUCUGAGGGCAAGGGCAUAACCAUGCUCACCACUAAUACCUCCAAAUCACAGGAUAACCAGAGUGCCGUCUCCAUGAAGCUAAUCAUAUGAUAUUUGUACACACGUAGUAUUUACAUAUAUGAAGACACACACAAACAUGUAUUGUAUAACUUAACACAUCCUAUCUUUCUUUUAAACAUUGGACUUUACAUUAAAAAUUAUCUAGAUUCCUCACAUUAACUGACACGAUUCCAGCUCAUGGUUCUGAUUUUAUUAUCUUUUUGAUCUUUGGCGUUUUGUUUGUGAUGCUCAGUAUAUUCAUUUAUGCAUUUUGCCUUAUAGAUCAGGAAUAAAAUAAAGUAAUGUCCAUGUGAUUACCCAAGUUAAAUCAUGAACCUAAUCAAUAAAUGUUGAGCUAUCUGAUAACCUUGAAAAAAA